AUGACCAAGCGAACAAAGAAGGUCGGUGUUACCGGUAAAUACGGUACCCGUUACGGUGCUUCCCUGCGAAAGCAGGUCAAGAAGAUGGAAAUCACCCAGCACGCCAAGUACACCUGCACUUUCUGCGGAAAGGUCACCGUCAAGCGACAGGCUACCGGCAUCUGGGACUGCAAGUCUUGCAAGCGCACCGUUGCUGGUGGUGCUUACACCGUUGCCACUCCUGCUGCCGCCGCCAUGCGAUCGACUCUGCGACGUCUCCGAGAGAUUGCUGAGGUUUAA